CACUGACCUCUGCCUCUGUCUGGAAAUGAAUACACAUACUUUGGCAGAUGUGUCAGCUCACAGUUUAAGUGUUAAACAAUAGGAAAGUAACAUGAAAGAAUACAUGUAUUUGAAAACGUCAGCAUGAGUUAUUGGAUGCUUUUACAGUCAUGUUAGUGGUGUGGCCGCAGGGUCCUACAAACUGAUCAUCUCUUGAUUUUUUCUCCUUUUGUGAGGUUGUUUUAGUUUUUUAGUGAAAAUGUCACAACAACUUUUACACCGAUUGCAAUGAAAUUUGGUACAGGCAGUCGACUGUAUAAAAUGUGGAUGGACCCAAGGGUACCUUAAACCUGCAUUGUUCAUUAUAUCCAGCAGGGGGGGAAAUCAUUUUCUCUCAAAAAGAAGUGUGAUUGCAUGUCAGCUUAUGAGACUUCUCACCUGAGUUUAUGGUCUCAGUUGCUAGUUUCAAGUUUCCACUUCCAAGUUAUGGUCAAUAGGUCUAGCUCGACAAUAAAGCAGGGUAUGCUUUAAUAUAAAUCCACCCUCUUUUUCAAAUGUGGUCACUUCUGGCUCAAAAAACAAAAACAAAAACAAAAAAAAACAAGUUGGCAUCAUCAAAACGGCCUCACAGAGCUGUUAACAUGACUUUAGACUCUCAGGCCAGAAACAUGGACCGUGCAAUUACGAACGCAGAUGCUUCAAAUGAUGCAAGAUUGAUUUUGCACGUCGUUGCUUUCCGGAAUGCGUCACCCGAAUAAUUGUGACACAACGCAAUCGGGACACAACGCGAUCGUGAGCUGCAGUCUGGAACAAAAGAUGGCUGACCCGAUCUGUUUGAUUCAACCUCCAUCCCAAACAACCAUGGCUGACCAGUCAGAUGAAGCUCCAGCUCAACAUCUUUGCAUUCAUCGGAAUAUUUAAGGCACCUCGUCACGUCCUCUCUCUUCUCCUUGCCUUGUUCUUUUCCUCUCCCUUCUCUGCAGUAGGUAAAGCAAUACACGUUCCUCCACAGAAACGAUGUCCGUAAACUGCUGUUGUCACGGUAACUAUCUGAUUAGCUCUAUAUUGCCCCUUUGCCUCACAAGUGUAACCUCUACCUGUGUGUAAGAGCGCUUGUUGAGUAUGCUAUUUGAAGAAGCGUGUUUGUGCCAGCUGGCUCGAGCGCUGUCAUUUCAGUUUGAAUACUUACAUGGACCAUGUUUCUGCCUUAACACUUGUUCUAUCAUCAGACAGACCUUUAUGAAAGACCUCCACACUGGCAGCGGGAGAGCGCUCAGCUGAUCUGAUCCAUGGUGGUUCCUAAAUCACAACUAAUCAACUCUGCAGAUAAAGAGACCAAACAAUCAAAGGACUUGACUCUUUGAUCACACAAACUGUGUGUGUCCACAGUAUUUCAGCUUUUCUGGAUCGUUGCCUCAGCUGGACCAUGAUCUCUUGCUGGAGUUUUUACACUCUGAGAUAACAUCUUCCGUGCUGAGUGUUUCAGAGACGGACUAUUGGGCCACACAGAAACACGCUGAUGGCGAUGGUUAGAGUUCAGAGGGGUUUACCGUGUCGUAGGGUCGGACACGCCCACAGCGUUGGGAUCUAUAUAGCAGUGUCCUCUGUGCUUAUGUCCUCACUUUAUGGAGGCAAGUGACCAGAAACAGCAUGUCGUCCAUUAGCAAGCAGCUGUCCGUCAUCGGCUGCUCAGGCAGGAAGCAGCUUUCCUCCUCCACCGAGAACAGACUGGUCCUGCUGGGGAAAACUGGCAGCGGGAAAAGCUCCACCGCCAACUCCAUCUUGGGCCGUAAGGUCUUCGACAUCCGGGUUAGCAGCUCCUCCGUCACCCAGCGCUGUCGCAGGGCCUGCGGAGAGUUUCGCGGGCGACGCCUGACGCUCCUGGACACUCCGGGGCUGCUGGACACUCACCAGACUCCACAGGAGGUGCAGAGGGAGUUGAGGAGGAGCGUGAGCCUCCUCUACCCUGGGCCCCAUGUGUUCCUUCUUAUUGUGCAGAUUGGGAGGUUCACUCAGGAAGAGAGGGAGGUUCUGCGGCAGAUCAAACAGUCAAUGGGUUCCCACGCUUUGAAUUUCUCUGUGGUGGUUUUCACCCAUGGAGAUCUGCUGGAAGAAGGACAAUCUGCAAAGCACUGCCUGAUAGAGGGGUGCAAGGAUCUGGCCGAGCUGGUGGCCGCAUGCGGGGACAGGUACUGCGUCUUCAACAACCAAAGCUCCAAGAACAAGGAGCAGGUGUCCGAGCUGUUCGCCAUAGUGGACACCAUGAUGCAGGGGAACGGAGGGAGCUGCUACAGCUGCAAGAUGAUGCAGAAAGCUGAGGAUGAUCUGGCCCAGGAGCUGAUGUUGGAGAGGAAGCUGCUCGAGGAGAAGGAGGAGCUGUUUAAAAUCAAGCUGGAGACCGCGAUCAAAGAGUCGCACGAGAAGGAGUUGGAGAUGGUUCAGCAGAAGAGCAAGAGGGAGAUGGAGGAGCUUGAGAAAAAACACAAGCUGGAGAGGGAGAAGGAGGUGGAACUGGCGAGAGAUCGGGAGCAGGCCUUCAUACGAGGGAUGGAGGAGAACGAAAGGAGGGAGAGGGAGAGGAAGAUACAGGAGAUUGUGAGAGUGAUGGGGAUACGCAGAGAGGAGGAGUUGAAGAGGGAAGCUCUUCAAGAAAAGCUUGACCAAGCCACUAAAAUGCUGGAGGAGCAGAUUGAGCGGGAGCAGCAAGCAAGGAGAGAGAUGGAGGAGAAAAUCCAAAAGGAUUGUGAGGAAAAUGAGAAGAAGGAAAGAGAAAGGGAAAAUCAGCAACUACAGCAAGAGCAGGCCAUCCGGCAGAGGGAGGAGAUGAAGAGGGACGCCCUGCAGAAGGAGCUGGUCAAACUCACCCACAGCUUGGAGGAGCUGAGCACGAGGGAGGAGGACAGGAAAAGGCAAAUGGAUGACCUGCUCAGACGCGAGAGGGAGGAGAACCAGAAAGAAAGGGACAUACAGUUGGAGAAACAGAGGGCGGAGAAAAUGAGAAUUGCGGCCCUCCAGCAGGAGCUGAGGCUCGUCAAAAUGAAAAUCGAGCAGCAAAAAACGAGCGAGGAGAACCUGAAGAGGCAGCUGAAGGAGAGCCUGCGAGGGGAGAAGGAGAGGUGUGAUAGAGAAAUGUCCGAGCUGAAGAAGCAGUGCGACGAGAGGUGUCCGGAGCUGUGUGAGGAGAGAAAGAAGACGCCUGCGGAGGGGUGCAGCACAGUGGCAGGUCUGACUGGAUACGCACAGGAAAUGGGACUGUUGGGACUGAACGCAGCUUUAGAGAUGGUUGGAGCUCCCUGCUGUAUACAGUAACAGCAUGGAGACUACCUCAGUGUAUUAACUACAUGUCAGGGAAAACGUGCUUUUUAUAACUGUAUAUUUUUCAUGCAUGUGUGCUAUAUUAUUAUUAAUUAUUCAGGAAUGUGGAGGUGCAAUAUGUUGUGAUUUUUUUUUAUUUGGUAUUAUUUGUUUCAACCAUUAACUCACCGUAAGGAAAAGAAAGGGCAUCCAUGCCCAUGUGAGAGCUCACUCAUCUCAUUUCAACAAAUGGUUUUAAUUCCAGUGUGUCCUAAAUCAGCAAAUGCACAAAAAUAGUACAAAAAUCUCAAAAAUGAUGGAGUUAAUCUGAUUAUCAACUCCCCGCCCUCUGCUUGGGACUGUCUGUCUCUGUCUCCAUCAUCUAAAUCUGUGUUCAAAACAAACGCCCUGUUGCCAUUAAUAAAGACCAAACAUUGCUUGAGUGCUGUUUCAGUGUUCCUCACCGACGCUCCGGCUUCAGCUGGGCCAUCUGGUU